CAUCCGCGAACGAAGACGUACACGUAUUAUCAGUCUAGCUAUAAAGGUUAAUCCUGAAAGUAUUUUACAACUGAGAAAUCCUGCAGAAAUCGCUCAAACGCUGUUUGGUGUCACAAUUUAAGUAUACAAAGUUUUAAAGUUCCAGUGAAUUUAAAAUAUGGAAGAAAAUUCCGAAACAAAAAUAGAAUAACUACGCACAAAGUGAAUUAGUUCGAUAAUUUGUUGAUUUUAAAGGGGUUGAUUGCUUACUAACGGGAAAACUUGUACGUUUGUGGUUUUUGUAAAGUGGGCCAUUGGUGGUCACAGUGUAGUGUGUUAAUCUAAGUUUUUUACCGUAAGAACAACACGCGGCUGGUUAGCUAAAGUGUACUAACGACGAUAUCGUGGUUAACGUGAUUCAAGCUACCUGUCUCCAACAAGAAAUUAAACAUCCAGUUGACUUCUGCAGAACGCAGUUCCGUAAAAAAGUGAUUAUCAUGCAACCUAUUGGCAACUGUUGCAGCAACAUUGUCGUGAAACCUAAGCACAUUAUUGGCUGUAUCAUUAAGCACAAGAACAAUCGAAAGUUUAUCAAACGCUCGUUUAAGCGAAUGUUUUCGUCAUUUACCUGUUCGAGCAAUUGUGUUUGUGGUUCCACUACUACUGGCGUUACGAGAACAAGUACGAUUGAUUUCAUGGACCGCUUGGACUUUUUGCAGCAGUUACAAAUGAAUGGCAUCGUCAAUAGAAUGUUGGGGGCUCACAACUCUCAGCUCAUCCAUUGGUGAAGCUUAAAGCGUUAAAAUUUCAAUACAACUCAACGGAGAACUAAUUUCUCUAUCACAAUGGCAAAGGCAACUGGAAACGCAAGCGAGUCCCGUUCAUGGCGAGAGAUUCAGCUUGUCCACAGUGCACAGCAACUUAGAGCAACCGACGCAGCAGCAGCAGCUAACCCAUCAUCGAAGAAACGAAUUUUCAUUCGUCUACGCAAAUCCAGCACCAGAGUACAACAGUGCGACAAACUCAGAUACGCAAGUCUAUCAGCAGAUAUCGACAAUACCACAAGGCAGUACCACAAACUGUGGUGCGUUAGGAGAGCCUAUCUGGACAGAAAUAGAGGCCAUGGAGAGAACCGAUUUGCCGUCAUCUCCGCUGAUCCAGUGGCAAAAUUGCAGCAUGUUCAUGGUCGCUACGGAGCCCUUGCCGAGUGGCUUCAGCAACGAAAGCGUUACAAUAGGUGAACAGCUGAAUACCCCUGGACCAGAGAAGGUUUGCAAUUUUGAGUAUGGACGUUUCGAAAACCUCGGAACAACCGAAGCGAAAGUUAAUUUAACAAACGUAUUUAGUACCAGCAUCACUAAGAGGAACGAAGAAGAUUGCAACAACAGCAGCAGCGAUACGUGUAUGCACGACAAAAUGAAGGAGUAUCCAUUCGAAAUGGAAUAUAGUAACGGUAACAAUCCAAUGACCCCACCAUCAUCUGUAAAAAAAGAACCGUCUAUGUCACAUGAAUUCAAGUGUUGGGAACUCGAAUCAUGUCUUGAAGAAGUUCUUCUAAGUCCAGCGAGCUACAUCAAUACACCGCUCGGAAGUAUUGGUGUGGCAUCUCCGGGUAGCGUCUCGGGCGAUACGGAACAGAAACAAACCGACGAAUUAGAAACUUGCAUCGAUUUCAACACAAUUGCAGGCGGCAGCGAGGACGAAUUAAGCAUCCCUCUUCACGAAGAAAUCGAACAACUUUCAAAUUCUUUCUACUGCAAAUCAAAUAAUCUGGUUUCCGUAAAAGUCAACUCUGCUAACGGAGCUGAUGCCGUAUCGCCCAGUUUUCUUCAAUUGCUAGAAAAGGAAUCCAUCUUUUCUGUUUCGGAAGGUAACCCUAGUGUAACCAGUGGAACCGUCAACAACGAAAAAACAUCUCCCGUUGCGGAUAAAAAUUUAUUCAAGAUACAACCUUCAAUUGUCAACGCUUUCUUCAGUGACUCUUACGAUGAUGAUGAUGAUGAUCUAGAAAAACAUAAUCCUGAGCUGGAAAACAAGGAGCAAGAUAAGCAAAUGCAAAAUUUAACAGUCGCAGAAGCGAGGCCGCAAGCUGCACUGUAUGACAUCUCUAACGGAGAUAAAACCUUUAAUAUUACUACAACGCAAACGCAACUAGAACACAAUUAUACUAUUAAGCUACCAUUUGAAAAUGGCAAGAGCCACCAUUUACUGAGCAAAACUACGGUGAAGGAAGAAAAUCUAUCACAACUUUUUAAAGCGAGAGGGCCACAAGCAUCAAUACCUCAGAAACCGCCAGCCGUUAGGCGAAAUCUGUUCCAACGGAUAAACAAUAAAAUGUCCGAGGAUAACCGUAAGCACCAUAUUCCUGAACUAAAAUUGAUCAUACAGCCUGCGGGUGGCAUGAACAUGAUUGCCACAACGCAGAUGAUAGUUAACACCCCGGAGCUUACCAACGACCUGCUCGACCUGGAAGCUGAAGUCCUAAAGAAAGAGGAUGAAUUCGAUCUUCUGACUUACAUCAAUUCUGGAACGGACUACGACGUCAUAGCAAAAUCUCCAGCUGAAGAAAAACCAGCCGUUUUGUUUCACGAAUCCGAAGACAACGUUGACGAACCACUUCCAACGACAUCAGUCGAGCCAAAGCCACGGUCAACCAUUUGCGAUGCAACACUAAGCGAUCUUUUCAACCCAGCGAAACGCAAGCUGCCGACAAUUACGAUCAACGAUAUUGACCAGCUGACGAUAUCUACCAACAAUAGCAACAAACGUUUCCGGGGAAGGAGUGCUGCGACAUCGGCUGCUUCAUCGGUGUGUGGAGAUAACGCAUCGGAGGCUUCUUCUUCGGUGCGCCCCGUUAAGCGCCGCGGUCGUCCGCCGAAAACGUCCAGCUCCAUCCGGGAUCGAUCCGAGUAUCAACAUCUGAGUGAAGCAGAUAUGCGCUAUCGCGAACAACGCGACAAGAAUAACGAAGCAUCGCGCAAAUCGCGAAUCAACCGAAAGGAUCGAGAACAUAAGCUUGAAGAUGAAGCGCAACAGCUGAAUCGACAACACGAGUUGCUAGUCAAAGAGGAGCAGCAACUGAUUAAAGAAUGUGAUCGCUGGCGAAAAGCUGUUAUGCGGUUGGCGCUUCUGUAAAAGGUAUAUGAAUUAAGCAGUACGUCUCUCUCUCUCUCUUUUAUCAAUUACGAGAAUUACAAUUUUAAUUUUUAUAACUUAACGUACAACUUGCUCUAAAAGCAUUGAAAAAUUUACUAUGUUGUAUAGAAAAUUAAUUCGAAAAUAAUACAAAACCAUAAAAAUUAUUCAGAAAAUAUACUGUACUUGAAAGCAGAAAUGAUUAUGAUAAAAACAUGCUGCUAGAAACAUUCGUAGUCGAAGGAUGUAUUUCAUUUGCUGUAAAUUUGUAACUUGAUUUUAUAUUCAUUUAUAUUACAAUAAAGAU